AUGUUCAUCAAGCUCGAAGGACGGGGAGCACAGUGCAACAGUCCUCACUGCACGACAAUUCUACUUCGGUCUUCGACGGGACCAUUUCCCAACUUCCUUCCAACCAACUUUUCCUCUGAAAUGGAAAUGCUCGAUACCAACACUUUUUUGACACAAACCAACUCCCCUUCAUGCCCACGCGGCAGAGCCCAGACCCAGUUGGCAUUCAGCUGGAAGCCCAUUUCACGCCUCUUCAGGCGUCACGGUGACAAGGCUACAACGAAGAAACAUCGUCAAGCUGUACUUACCGCCUGCGCUCGUGGGCUCGGCCUAGCCGACUCGAGGGCAGCGGACAAUUUGUCCGAGUCACACCGACUUCCGGUUGUCGGCCCAUGCAGCAGCCUCAGACAAAAGGAAAUUGCAAACAGCCUGUUACUAUUCUCACGCCCCAACUUCUCCCCUGGCAUGAGUGCACCUGACAGAAGAGCUUCGAAGCAAAGGCUUUUCAUCUUCCUGAAGGAAGCGCAACUGAGUGUGCCUCAGCAUCUUCAGGUCAUACGGCGAUAA